AUGUCCGAACGGCCUCUACAGGCCACUAUUGAUUCCAAUGCGAAUAAUGCAAUCCCCAAGAAGAGUUUCCGACUCCCAGCAUUCCUGGAUCACUUCAAUGCCCGGGAGCUCAAAGUCUUCUUCCGGUGCUGGGUUGGCAUCUGGGUGGCAAGUCUGUUAAUCUUCAUCACCCCAGCAUUGACCAGCAUUGGUACCGCUACGUUUUUUGCGAGCCUCGUCCUCUUGUUCAACCCGCCGUCCGGGAUCGUGUUCAUUUACCUACUGGGAGCUCUGACUCUUUUCAUUGGAAUAUGUCUCGCUUGGGCAUGGGGUGUCAUCACGAUGAAGGCCGCUUACGCAGCCAGACCAGUAGCAGACACACAGGCAAGGCUGGCAUCAUUGCAACAGACAGCAGUAGCCCAAGCCAACGCGACAGGACUUCCGACUGCCAGUGUGGCACAACAACUUAUCUACGAUGGCUACAUGCUGGACACGCGGGUCACAGCGAUUACAUUCUGUCUCGUCUGCACAUUCAUCUACUUCAUGGCUCGCCUGCGUGCCAGUAAUCCCAAAACAACCCUGACCUCCAUCUUUGGAAUCAUCAUCUCCGACCUUUUUCUCAACUUUACGCCCCUUCUACCCUCAUUCUCGGGAACGCUGCCUCUGACGCUCGUGAAACCGGCCGCCAUCGGUGUGGGACUCGGCUUUGCAUGUUCAGUGCUCUUUUUUCCUCGAUCGACCUCGCAUGUGGUGCUGGAUAGUAUGGAGGAUAUAUUGGAGCUAAUCCAACAGCCACUGGCGUUCACUUCCGUAACGCUAGGGAAGAAAGCACAGCAGCCGGACGUCGACCGACUACGCAAGACACAUGCGCGGAUUAUCCAGGAAUAUCGAAAGAUGGAGCCUGGGUUGGCGUUUCUGCCAUUGGACUUCUCCGUGGGCCGCUGGGGUCCCGAGGAGGUCUCUUCGUUCAAGGAGCCGAUGCGUCAGGUCGUCGCGGCCAUUCUGCUUCUGCUUGAAUUCCACAUCGGUCGGAUCCAUGGCGAAGUACGCACAGAAGACAUCCUUCGCGAGCAUGCCGAACAAACAAAGGAUGCAGUUAUCUCGGACGAGAAGCAGCCUCGCAAGGUUGGAGCCCAACAGCUCUCCCAACUCGUGGAGCUGCUGGAAGGGUUGCGCAGCCCAGACAGCCAGCAACUGUCCGAAGAAGUCGUGGAUGAACUGGUCCGCACGAGUGCAGUGGCACUCGACGCGUGUCUAGAGGGAUUAGCAGUGACAAAGGAGUGCCUCCAUAUGGUCAAUUGCCGACGAUGGGUGAGGCGAGCGUCUUCAGCGGAACGCGAGGAACUGUAUCAGCGAAGUCAGACAGCACUCGAGAGUCUCCGCAAGGCUCACAGCAGCUUUCUUCACGAUAUGACCGAGCUCCUGAUUGGUCAUUUUGCACCUACGACAAAUGGCGACACUCGUGACCAGCGCAAGUUAGGAGCACUCGUUGUUGGGAUGGUCUUUGAAGAACACGUCUGUAUCACAAUCACUCGCACACAGGCUCUCCUCGCUCGUGUAUCGACCGCUUUCCACGACGCGAAAGGAACCAAGAUAUGGUGGCCGACAAGCCUUCGAUACGCCGCCUCCUGGGCAUUUCGGAAGAAAGCAAAAGCACCAACAACGACGACGGUUGUGGAGGACGAUCCGGACGAGGCAGAGGACCUGACCAAAGCUGCCCAAGAAAAGCUUCGUAUCAGUCGUGGAUACCGACCUAGGCACCGCAGCCCCCUGGGGCGAGCGAUUUUAGGAACCUAUCAUUGGUUUACUUCGAACGAAGGCCUCUUUGCCUUACGCAUGGUGGUUGUUACAAUCGCCCUAGGCAUUCCCGGGGUGAUUCCCCAUACCGCUGGAUUCUACUACCGGGAAAAGGGCCUGUGGGGACUGAUUAUGGCGCAAACCGGGUUGCUCGUCUACAUGUCGGAGUUUACCUUUUCCACUCUCGGGCGACUGGUUGGGACGGUCGCUGGCGGUGUUCUAGGGCUUCUGGCAUGGUAUAUCGGCUCGGCCAAUGGUCCUGGUAAUCCCUAUGGAUUAUCGGCCGUUAUGGCCGUGAUGCUUGCAAUCUUGAUCUGGAUUCGCCUGUAUUUGCCUCCGAGCCUCCUUCAAGGAGGAAUUAUGGGCGGUGCCACUUUCCUCCUGGUGGUUGCAUAUAGCUAUGAUGAUACACACAUUCCACAGUACGGCAACCCUGGAGUCGGCUAUACGGUCUUUUGGCGACGGCUACUCCUCGUGCUGAUCGGCGUCGGUGCCGCGACAAUUGUCCAGAUGUUCCCCCGUCCGCCAUCGGCCGCCCGGCAUAUCUGCAAGACCUUAUCUCACACAAUACGGACGUUGUCCGACCAUUAUGCAUUGCUCUUAUCGUGCUGGGGACGCUCUCGCCACGAUGGGCGCGUAAUCGGCGAGUCAAUCUCCCUUCAGUUGACGGAAGGGUUGGUGAUGCUCGACGGUCCUAUCGAUAUGCUACGGUUCGACUUCUCUAGCUCUCGCUUCGACAGUGAGAGUCUGGGUCGCGUGAAGGUGCUCUGUCAUGCCAUGAACCGCAGUUUGGGACAGCUGUUGCUGUUAUCUGGUACCCUGCCGAGCGAGUUUCAACAUCGACUGGCGCAACAAACCGCCCUGCUGGAUCACCAAUGCAUUGGCGAGAUUAUGGCUGUCCUGGGGAUGUGCGAACAAGCACUGAAGACCGGCGAUGCAUUGCCUGAGAUUCUACCCACCCCACUCGUCAGACGCGCCUUUGACUACUGGCAGUCCCACCCGGCAGAGAUUGACUUCUCUCGCGACACAGUGAGGGAUGAGCAUUACCGCCGCUUCUGCGUGGCCUUGAGCGCGUAUCUUAAAUUCCUAGGCACAAUCGAUGAAUUAGUGCUAGUGAUCAAGGGGGUUUUGGGCGAGGCGCAUUUGGUUUCCCAUGAGUUGAGAGACUUGGUUUGA